CAUAAACAAAUACUUGUUUUUGCGUUUAACCUUCUCAGUUGCCGCGGAGGAGUAUGGCGAACGCCAAAGGAGGGCACCGAACUGUUUCUACUUCGUUUGAAUCCACGGAAAGGAGCUAGUGUGCUUGUCUUUGAUAUUAGGGACAAAUUGUAGCUGUUUUUCAAAGGGUUCUUCUGAGUUCUAUAUACCCUCUUAUAGUUAACUCCUUUUCCAUGAACCCUAUGCUAAAGGACAGCAACACAAAAGCCACAUCAAAACUACCCCGAAGGGGAAAAAGAAAAAAGAAGGGUCUGGGAGUAACGGAUCCUCAAGUAGCAGAAAACCCAUCAAAAUUCUCGUUUGCUAUAGCCAAAAUUGCAGUUGCCCAAAUCUGUCAAUCAGCUGGAUUCAAAAAGUCCGAAAACAAUGCUCUUGAAACCCUAACUGCUGUUUCCACUAGAUAUCUGGAAGCAAUUGUGAGAUCAGCUGCCUCAUUUGCUAAUGCCUCCAAUCGUACUGACUGCAAUCUCUUUGACCUCGUCAAUGGCAUUCAUGAUCUUUGUUCUGUUCAAGGAUUUCCGGGUGGUUCAGCAUUGCACAAAGAUGAUCUGCUGAGGUCUUCAGCUCUAAGAGAGAUUAUGAAUUUUGUCAACCUCUCUGAUAAAGUUCCUUUUGCUAAACCAAUUCAAUGUAGAAAUGAUUCCGAUGUAACCAUUGAUUCUGGGACAUUAAUGUGCUUCUCUAACCAAACCAAAACUCACAUACCAGGAUGGCUCCCACAUUUUCCUGAGCAAAACUGUGAUCAGGUUUUAGUUAAGGAAAGGAAAUGCGGCGAGAAAUAUUGGGAGGAUUCAUUUACUGUGGACGAAAACAGUGUCAUAUCACAGAGCAAUCACAUGAAUGGAAAAGAAGGGAAAGACACAAGGAGGGAAUUGCCAGAGCGAAGAGAAAGAAUGAAGUUUAAAAUUAGAGGGGAGGAGGAGAAGCAAGAUGGAUUGGGUGUGAAUAUGAUGAGUGGGGUUUGUAAAGGAAGGAAACGAGUGUCUUGGAAUCAUUACAAAAUGAAUGGUUGUAUUAUUGAGAACAACAAAGAUGAGAAAAGAUAGCAUGAUUGUUAUGGAAAUGAAAUGAUGUUUGUAACUCUUGUGUAAGCUCAGGAUAUGAAAAAAAGAGUGAUAUGAAAACAAAUGAAAAUUUCGUGCAGCCUAGUUUUAAAGAAAGUGCUCUGUUCGGAAAUUCUUUUUGAAUGUAUGGUAACUAUGCCUGGCCAAUUACUGCAUACUAGAUUUUUUUUUUCAACCCUUUUGGACAAUAUAUUUUGAAGCUAUGAAAUUAUGAUCUGUUAACUGUUAGAGUG